CUCGUUACAAAUGCGAAUCAAUUCACAAGUAUAAAAAUUCACAACUCUAGAACACUUGAAAAGCAUUCACCCUAAUUGCUAAACCAAAAACCCCGAAAUUCUCGGCUAUACAUACACCUAUAGACACAAAUUACACACAUGGCGGAGAAGCAGCUGAUCGUCGUUGUUGAAGGCACUGCUGCUAUGGGGCCCCACUGGCAAACGAUCUUAACUGAAUAUCUCGAUAAAGUCAUCAAGUCGUUUUGCGGAUAUGAUUCGACAACGCAGAAGCCAUCUGUUCCUGUUGAGUUCUCGCUUGUCGUGUUUAAUGCUCCUGGAAAUUAUAGUGCUUGCCUAGUUCAAAGGAGUGGGUGGACAAGAGAUGUUGAUAAUUUUUUCCAGUGGUUAUCAGCUAUAUCAUUUUCUGGUGGUGGCUUCAGUGAUGUUGCAAUCUCGGAAGGGCUUGCGGAAGCUUUGAUGAUGUGCACGCCUUUGAAUGGGAAACAACCUCAUCAAAAUGUAGAUAAGCAAAGGCAUUGCAUUCUCGUUGCUGCAAGUAAUCCUUUUCCCUUGCCUACACCAGUUUUUCGACCACAAAUUCCUAAGUUGGAGCAAAGUGAAAACACUGAGUCACAGAAAGAGAGCCGUAUAUCUGAUGCUGAGACACUUGCGAAAUUCUUUCCCCAGUUAUCUGUUUCUCUUUCAGUUAUAUCUCCUAAACAGUUACCAAAACUCAAAGCAAUCUACAAUGCGGGAAAGCGCAAUCCUCGAGCAGCAGACCCUCCUAUUGACAAUGUCAAAAGCCCUUAUCAUCUUGUUUUAAUAUCUGAAAACUUCAUUGAGGCUCGCGCUGCAUUAAGUCGGAAUGGAAUUGCUCCCUUAGUAUCAAAUCACAGUCCUAUGAAAGUUGAUACAACUUCAGUUAUGAAAGUAGAUACCUCUCCUGUUCUUCCGGUUUCAGUUUCGCCUCCAACUUCUGUUCCUUCAGCUAACGGAUCUGUCAUGAAUCGGCAACCAAUUAUCGUUGGAAAUGUGACCCCGACUAUUGUGAAGAUUGAGCCAACCACUGUGACGUCGAUGGUUUCUGGACCUGCAUAUCCACAUGUUUCAUCAGUCCCACGUGCUGCUUCACAAGGAGUUCCAACCUUGCAAACUUCUUCACCACUAUCUGCUCCCCAGGAGAUGAUCCCAACUACUGAGACUGUGCCAGAUUUAAAACCUCCAGUUACUGGUCUGUCACAACCUUUACGUCCACUGGGUCCAGCAGCAGCAAAUGUAAGCAUUCUAAACAACCUCUCUCAAGCACGACAAGUGAUGAAUUCUGCAGCCCUUGCUGGUGGUACUUCAAUAGGCCUUCAGUCGAUGGGUGGAACACAUAUGGCAAUGCAUAUGUCAAAUAUGAUAUCUAGUGGAAUGGUAUCCUCUGUACCUCCUACACAGACUGUUUUGUCUUCGGGCCAAUCAGGCAUGACGUCAAUUGCUGCAUCGGGACAACCAGGUAUGACAUCAAUGGCUGGGACCGGAGCAUUAGCAGGAAAUGCGCAGGUUGCACUUAAUACCAAUUCGGGUUCAUUUGCUUCUGCAUCUUCCAAUCUGUCUGGAAAUUCAAAUCUGGGCAUGUCACAGCCAAUGGGUAAUACUCAAGGAGGUGUUAAUAUGGGUCAAUCAGUACCUGUAGUGAGUCAAGCAAAUAUUUCAUCAACACAGAUGGCUCAAAAUGGAAUCGGAAUGAAUACAAAUAUGAUUAGUGGUGUUAGUCAAUCUGGUAUAUCUUCUGCUAAUGGCACAAUGAUGCCGACUCCUGGAAUGGGUCCACAAGGACAACCUGGACCUCAGUCUCUUGGGAUGGCUAAUAAUGCAGCAGCAAAUAUGCCCAUUCCUUCGCAAGCAUCGAAUGCCAUGCAAUCAGCACCAUCACAAUCUAAAUAUGUGCGAGUAUGGGAGGGAAACUUAUCUGGGCAGCGACAAGGCCAACCUGUAUUUAUUACCAGAUUAGAAGGGUACAGAAGUGCAUCAGCUUCAGAAACGUUGGCAGCUAAUUGGCCACCAACUAUGCAAAUUGUAAGGCUAAUAUCACAGGACCACAUGAAUAACAAGCAAUAUGUUGGGAAAGCGGACUUUCUUGUUUUUCGGGCAAUGAACCAGCAUGGUUUUCUUGGGCAGCUGCAAGAAAAAAAGCUUUGUGCAGUUAUACAGUUGCCAUCACAGACAUUGCUGCUAUCAGUUUCCGAUAAAGCCUGUCGUUUAAUUGGAAUGCUAUUUCCUGGGGACAUGGUCGUGUUCAAACCACAGAUAUCCAAUCAACAGCAACAACACCAGCAGCUUCAACCACAGCAGCAGCAUCAGCAGCAGCUACAACACCAGCAGCAGCUUCAACAGCUUCAGCAACAGCCUCUGCCGCAGUUGCAACAGCAGCAACAGGUUCCACAGCUGCAGCAGCAAAUUCCUCAGCUGCAGCAACAGCAGCAGAUUCCGCAAUUGCAGCAACAGCAGCAGAUUCCGCAAUUGCAGCAACAGCAGCAGAUUCCCCAGUUGCAGCAGCAGCAGCAGCAACUUCCGCAAUUGCAGCAACAGCAGCAAAUUCCCCAGAUGCAACCUCAGCAGCAAAUGCAGCAGCAACAGCAAGUUCCCCAGAUGCAACAACAUAUCCCACAAAUGCAACAACCAUCACAGCAGCAACAAAUGGCUGGGACGGGUAUGGGUCAAUCUUAUGUUCAAGGUCAGGGUCGACAGAUGGCAAGUCAAGGGCAAGUUACAUCCCAAGGUCCACCGAGCAUGCCUGGAGGAGGGAGCUAUCUAAGUUGAUUGCUUUUGUUGCAAAUAUUUGUAGCACUUGAAGGAUCAAAAGUUGUCCUCAUAUUUUCUAUAUACAACGGAGUUUGAUUGGUGGUAUUUUAACGCUGUCAAUGAGAAUUUUAUUUAUGCCUUUGUGUUUUAUUGAUAGAUUUAAUUGGUUGGAAUGUAAAUAACGGAAUACCCUUUCAACGCCGUCAUUAACAG